AUGGCGAUACCCAAUACCGGAGAGGGAGCCUUGAUCCUCUCAUUCUUCUUCCACGGUCGUGGCUCUGAACUCCAAAAGACGCCGUUGGGCCUCUUCCGGUCGCUCUUUCACCAACUCCUACGCCGGGUCCCUGAGGCACUAACAGACCUUGUGGACACAUUCCAACAACGGUGCGAAACCAUUGGCAAGCCAGGCGAAGAGUGGCAGUGGCACCCGCGCGAGCUGCAACGAUUCUUCGAAUCAUCGCUUCUGAAGGUCUUGAAUACUUGCCCAGUCUGGUUGUUGGUCGAUGCGUUAGACGAAUGUGGCGAAGAGAACGCAGUGAACCUAGCUGAGGAAUUCAAGUCCUUGCUCCGGAGGCUCCCGCCUAGCGGCUUGAAACACUUUCACAUCUGCUUCACUUGUCGUCACUACCCGAUUCUGGACCUGGAUGGCGCGUUCGAAGUAUACGUAGAGAAAGAGAACCAGAAGGACAUAUCGACUUUCGUGCAAGAUAAGCUCUCUUCGUUCCGUGGACGAACAUCAUCCACGAUUCCGGAAUUGAUCACGAAAUGCGCCGGCGGCGUUUUCUUAUGGGCGUGGCUUGUGGUGAAACAAGUUCUGGGCCUAGAGCGGAAGGGUGCCGGAUUGAAGGAGAUCGAGGCUGAAAUUCGUUCGGUCCCUCAAGAGCUCGAUACCUUAUACCGCGAACUCAUCCGGGUCAUGAGCCCAGACUCGCUGAAACUCAUGCAAUGGAUCUGCUUUGCCACGCGGCCUUUGUCACUGGAUGAAUUGCGAUGGGCCAUGGUCAUCGAGGCCGAUUGCCGAUACCGGUCAUUAUAUGAAUGCCAGCAGGCAGGGGAUUACCCAUCCUACGACGACGGGAUGAAGAGGCGAGUUCAGACGCUGAGCUGCGGUCUUGCCGAGGUCACACUAUCAUCUGGUAACGGGGAUGAGAACCUAUCAGAACCGGACAGCAGCUCAAAGUCUAUUGACUCAUCAAUCAGGACGGGGGUCACGCCGUCAUCCCAUGCGCAGGUUGUCCAGUUCAUCCACCAGUCCGUCAAGGACUUUUUCGUUGAGAAAGGCCUGUCAGAUCUAGACUACAGCGUAACGUCGACUGACACGGCAAUCGGAAUGGCGCACUUCCGCCUAUCUAGGAUUUGCAUACGCUAUCUAGCGAUGGAGGAGAUUGAUCGGUCAAUAAACUACGGGCGUGAUAAGCUAACAAUCGACUUUCCUUUCCUGCAUUACGCCACGACCUCGUGGGUAAAGCACACGAAGCAGAGUGAUGCUAGAAGUAUCUCUCAAGAGGAUCUUCUGGAAUAUUUCGCAGGGCCAUCAAACACUCUUGUGGAACGAUGGGUGCGUAUUUACAGAAUAUUAGAGACAUAUUCUGAUGACUGUCCGGCAGAAGGGACUAGUGUAGUACACGUUAUGUCGAGGUAUGGAGUGGCAGGAGUGUUAUGGGCUAUUUUGGAAAGGGCAGACCAAGCUGGCAUUAAUAUCGAUGCCAAAGAUUCGCAUGGCCGGACGCCGCUAUGGUGGGCCGCCGAGAACGGGCACGAGGCUGUCGUGCGGCUGCUCCUCAAGCGGUGUGCCUACACCGACGCGGCGGAUAAGUGGGGCCGGACGCCACUAUUAUUGGCCGCCGCGAACGGGCACGAGGCCAUCGUGCGGCUCCUCGUCGACCGGGGUGCCCACACCGACGCGGCGGACAAGUGGGGCCGGACGCCACUGUUGUUGGCCGCCGGGAACGGGCACGAGGCUAUUGUGCGGCUGCUCCUCGACCUAGGCGCCCACACCGAGGCAGUGGACGAAUGGGGCCGGACGCUGCUAUCAUAUGCUGCCGAGAGAGGGCACGAGGCCAUCGUGCGGCUGCUCCUCGAUCGGGGCGCCCACACCGACGCGGCGGACGAGGGGGGCCGGACGCCGCUGUCGAUAGCCGCCGCGAACGGGCACGGGGCCGUCGUGCGGCUGCUCCUCGAGCGGGGUGCCCACACCGACGCGGCGGACAAGUGGGGCUCGACGCCGCUGUGGCGGGCCGCCGAGAACGGGCACGGGGCCGUCGUGCGGCUGCUCCUCGACCGGGGCGCCCGCACCGAGGCAGCGGAUAAGUGGGGCUCGACACCGCUAUCGAUAGCCGCCGCGAGCGGGCAUGAGGCCGUCAUGCGGCUGCUUCUCGAGCGGGGUGCCUACACCGACGCGGCGGAUAAGUGGGGCUCGACGCCGCUGUCAUAUGCCGCCGCGAACGGGCACGGGGCCGUCGUGCGGCUGCUCCUCGAGCGGGGUGCCUACACCGACGUGGCGGACAAGUGGGACCGGAGGCCACUGUUGUUGGCCACCGGGAACGGGCAUGAGGCCAUCGUGCGGCUCCUCGUCGACCGGGGUGCCCACACCGACGCGGCGGACAAGUGGGGCUCGACGCCGCUGUCGUGGGCCGCCGCGAACGGGUAUAAGGCCAUCGUGCGGCUGCUCCUCGAUGGGGGUGCCCACACCGAGGCAGCGGACAAGUGGGGCCGGACGCCGCUAUCAUGGGCCGCCGCGAACGGGCACGAGGCCGUCGUGCGACUGCUCCUCGACCGAGGCGCCCACAUCGAGGCGCCGGACAUGUGGGGCCGGACGCCGCUAUCGUAUGCCGCCGAGAAGGGGCGCGAGGCCGCCGUGCGGCUCCUGCAAUUCCAUGGUGCUCAACUUUCGUCGACCACGUCUCCUUAA